GCCGCAACUGGUGGCCAGAUACGACGGCAAUCCGCUCUGCCAAACUCCAUCCAACGCUGUCUACUGCCUCGUGAAUCCGAAAGCCGCCCCCCCGCCCCCCCCAGGCUAUGUCUCCGGUCGGCGCUGCGCUUAUGGCCGCCGGAGUGGGGGGGGCCAACGGAAACGGAAACGGAAAUGCUUCUUGCGUUGAGAACUGCGGAGGCGGCGGUUUCCACUGGACCACGACCGACACAAUCGUCACCGCAAUUUUCGUUCCUCUGGGGAUUGUCGUACUCGUCAUUCUCGCCUGGUACCUAAAACGCCAGUGCAUGGCCCGGAGCCGGGGCCCGCUUAUUGCCGGCGGAGUAUAUAAGAGCACCCCCGCAGGGUCGGGGCCAGCCCCUAUGGACCCCGCAAAGCCUGAGUACACAUUCGACGCCAAGGGGGGGUCGUAUUACCCCAUGGCGGGCACCCCCUCCCAAACAUCCACGGAAAGCAUCGACAACAAGAGCGACGGGAGCGGCUCUCGCCUGCUGAAGCCUGUGGCCGACUUUAGCAACGGCGGCAUGGCAAUGUGGAGGCAAGGCACAAUUGGCGAGGUCCUGAAACGGAACGCUGAGCGCGCUUCCGUCGAGGGUUCCGUUGACGCCGGCACCCCCAACGGUAACGGCGCCGGCAACGGUAACGACUACCCGCUGUCCAGCCCCGACGCUGACACGCCCACGCCCGGCAGCCAGCGUUCCUCCAGGGAUCGGUUCCGCCUGGACGGAGCGACCGGAAACGGAAACGUUCCGCUGCUGUUCACGUUCAAGGAGCUCCAGGGCGCGACGCAGAACUUCAGCCCGACGCUGCUGAUUGGCGAGGGCGGGUUUGGCCGGGUUUACUACGGGGUUUUGGAGGGGCGCGAAGUUGCGGUGAAGCGGCUCGAGAAGGUGACGGCGCAGCCGGGCAAGCAUGGCGAGAAGCAGUUCCGCGUCGAAGUGGACAUGAUGAGCCGGCUGAAGCACCCCAACCUGCUGGAGUUCAUCGGCUAUUGCGCCGACAGAUACGAGCGCGCGCUCGUCUACCCGCUUAUGGUCAACCAGAGCCUAUUCCGGCGCUUGCACGAGAGGAACCCCGGUACUGCCGCCCUUGACUGCCACCAGCGGAUGACCAUAGCGUAUCAGGCGGCACGUGCCCUCGCAUACCUCCACGACGAGGUCUCUCCACCCGUCAUCCACAGGGAUUUCAACAGCAGCAACGUUUUGUUGGACGCAAAGCUCGACGCUGUAGUGUCCGAUUUCGGACUGGCCAAGCUGGUGUCGGACGACUCGGGCCAAUCGCAGACCACCAAGCUGUUCGGGACAAUGGGCUACAUGGCGCCAGAGUACCUCCACGGGCACGUGACCGACAAGAAUGACGUGUACAGCUUCGGCGUGGUUCUGCUGGAGCUCAUCUCGGGUCGUCGCGCCGUCAUCUCCAAGGACCUCGACAUCGUUCAGUGGGCGGCAGGCUACACCGGCGAGCGGCCGAUCGGCCCCCUCGCGCGAAUGGCCGACCCCCAGAUCCAAGACCAGUUCCCCGCUGACGCCCUCCAGUGGGCGGUCGAGCUCGCGGCCGAGUGCAUCCAGGCGGAGCCCCGGCGGCGGCCCCGCAUGGCUGACGUGGCACGCGGCCUCGAAGUCAUCCUCCAGGCAAUCAGACGUCAGCAGCCCACGUAUGUUGCGCCCACUCCCAACACCCCCACGUCACCCGCGUCGUUGCUGACUCCGACUGACGUCAUCACGCUCCCUGCGGGCUUCUCGAUGACGCGGUUCCUUGGGAGCCUCAAGAAGCCUUGAAGGUCGAGGCAGGGUUGCUAACACAUGUUACGUCAUUGGUCCAGCGUUGAAAAUAGUAUUUGGGCCUUAUGUUUUAUGUUCAAACGCGUUGAAUCAGGACAAAGCUAGUGGACGAGUGACAGCCAGCCUCAUGCUUGGACUGUGC